AUGUCCGCACGCAUCAAUGGAGCCAGCGGCGCAGUUGCGGCUUUCUUCACGUACCACGAUGACACCAAUGAGUCCGACAUAGAGAUACCGACUGGGGCCAAGGCUGACGAAGUGCACUACUCCAACCAGCCCACUACCGACCCCGACACUGAUGCACCCAUUGAUGGUGCAACCUUCAAUGUGUCAAUGGAGGACUACCAACCUACCUCGGACUGGAACAACUACAGGCUGGACUGGGUACCUGGGAAAAGCGCCUGGUACAUGAACGGUGCGCAAUCGGCCGACACGGAAGUCAACGUACCAGAUGCAGAGAGCAUGAUCAUCUUGAGCCUUUGGAGUAACGGAGGCACCUUUUCGGGGCGUAUGGAUACCGGACAAGAGGCCUGGUUUGACAUUCAAUGGGUUGAGCUGCUCUUCAACACGAGUGCUAGCGCUACCACUAAUCCUGACGGGGAUUUAUGCUCGGUAGAGUCGUCGCCAGGCUCGCCGGUACCCAGUGGUUCGCGUAGCUUUCAGGAUCUGGUUGCUGGGGGUAUCUGGUGGGCCAUUAGCAUGGCUUCAGCUGCUCUCUUCGGCGAUACCGACAUGGCCGUACGCUGGGGCGAAGGCGGUAAAUCGACACUUUCAGUUUGGACGAAGCGGGAUAUCAAGAGCAUGAAGUGCUUUAUCCUGGGCCGGCCGACCGAGAUGAUCGACUACUACUGA